AGAGGAAGAUGGGAAGCCCCGCCCACUGCCAAACGCAGCAAGACACGCCCACUGCUAAAGACAGGAAGGCAGGAGGCCACGCCCACCACUAAGAGGCGGAGGAAGGGAAGCCACGCCCACUACUAAAGAAAGGAAGACGGGAGGCCCCGCCCACUGCCAAACGCAGCAAGACACGCCCGCUGGUAAGGACUGGAAGACACGCCCCCUCGUAAACACAAGAAGCCACGCCCACUGCUAAAGAGAGGAAGGCAAGGAGGCCACGCCCACCGCCAAGAGGCUGAGGAAAGGAAGCCACGCCCACCGCUAAACGCCAGCAUGAGAGGCCCCGCCCACCGCUGAGGAGAAAAACAAGCCGAAGCCGACGGUGUCCGCGCGGGGACAAAAAGACCUCACCUUGCCGCUUUGGCUCCUCCCAACUUCCGUCCGGCGUCCCUAGCAACGCCGCGUUGCCAGGCAGUCAGGCUUCCGCUUCCUUCCCGCCUUCGGUUGUGGGAACAUGGCGGGAGGGCUGCUGCUCCCCACGGAGACCCAGCAGCAGCUGCGGUUCAGCCUGGAGGCCCCGUCCGUGGCGGAGGGCCCGCCCGCCCGCUUUGCCAGCCCGCUUCCGAUCGUCAUUGAGAAGCUGAAGAAGGUCCCGGAGGGGGAGGCCCUUGGCGGGGGGGAUCGGGGCCACGGCGACGGCGGGGGUCCGGCCCCCUUGACCUUCUCGGCCGUCUCCGAAGAGACCCUCCGGCGGGCCGUGCGCCUGGCCAAGCGGGACCUCAAGCGGCGGCCGAGGAAGGAGGACGGAGGCCACCCCGUGAGGUCAUCCAGCGGGUCCCAGAGGGAGACCACCACCGGCACCGCGGCAAAGGUGUUCCUCUCGAAACCGACCCGCCUGAAGGCCACGGCGCCGAGGCCGCCCGAUUCUCCUCCGACGCGGGACGUGGGUCCGGUCCCCGUGGCCCCGAAGGAGGAAGACGAGGAGGAGCGGAGCGCCCGGGAGGUCCGGCGGCUGCAGAAGGAGCUGCAGGGAUACGUCCGGAAGGUGGAGGCCCUGGCCCGGAAGGAGAGGACCCCCAGGCCCCUGGACCCCGAGGAGCGGCGCCGGGCACGGAUCCGUGGCCAGGAGCAAGCUGCACGCUCCGCCCGCACUUUGUACGUGCUCCGGCAACAGGUGAAGGAGAUCCAGGAUGACCUAGAGAAGCUGAGUCCCCACCACGUGCGCCACACCAAGAAGUCCAGGGCCAUGGCCAGGCUGGCGGCCGCACACCGGGGGGCGGCCCGAGCCCUGCAGGCCGUCCUCUCCCGCUGGACCCUCGACUGGCCGGAGGACGAGGAGGACGGCGACGGCGACGACGCGGGGCGGGCGCUGCCGUGGGCCCAGUGCCGGGAACUGGGUCAGCUCCUCCGCCAGCUCUCCCUCUGCUCCGUCCAGAUGGAGGCCUCCUCCACCCCAGACACCCCGCUGGACCUCAUGAUGCAGAUCGAGGGCUUGGACUCCCUCCUGGCCCGGAAGGCCCCUCUUGUGGGCGGGGCUGCGGACCCCCCUCCGGCCGGACCCCCCAGGAAGAAGGAGAAGGCCAUCCGGAAGCGGCCCCCGGGCAGGAAGCGGCCGACCCCGGGACCCCCUUCGCGGCCCUGGCCUGCGGGCGAGCAUCCCCACACCGGGGAGCCUCCAGGGUCGGGCGAAGGGCCCCCCAAAGCGAGUCCGGUCGCUGCUCGUCGGAAGGGACCCCCGGCGCGCCUUCUGACGAAAGAGGGCUUCCGAGAGCCCACCCUCUCGUUCCGGAUGAAGGAGGUGAAGCCCCCCUUGAAAGGCGGGGGACGGACCCCCCGGGUGCCCCCCACCUCGGCCCCCCCACAACGGUCUGCGGCGGAGAAGUCGGUGUUGGCGGAAAAGGAGGAAGAGCAGGGCGAGCGCGCGGUGCUGGAGCCGCUCCUGGAGCGAGUGCAGAAGGCGACCCUCUCCCUGGAGAAAAGUGGGGGGCGAAUGGACCGGGAAGACGGGCCCCGAAGGGACUGGGACCCCCACGAGGGACCCCCUUCACAGCGAGAGGAAGUGACGGACGUCGACCUGGGCCUGGCGGAGGAGAUGUUGCGGAGGAUGCAGGAGAUCGAGCGCUCCCAGGAGGCCGUGCGGCGGCGCUACCAUCGGCUGGUCUAUUCGGACGUUGAAUUUUGUGCCCCGGAGACGAAAGACAAUUCGGAGGGUCUGGCCCCUCCCGCUCCCAUCUGGGUCACUCAGUCCUUGAGCCGCAAGGAGGAGCCGCAAGUGGACAUUGUCCUGGAGAGGCCCUCGGACACCAACGCCGUGCAAGACGAGGAGGAGGGGUCUGAGGAGGGGUCCGUGUGCCCUUGCCCGAGGACGAGUGGGGCUCACCGGGGUCCCGGUGGUGGCGUGACCUUUCUCCAUGUCCCCCAAGACGUGCUGCAAGGCCUGGCCGACUACAGGUCCCGCUUCCAGCAACACCUGCGGCUCAUGGCCCACGAGGCCGUGGGGAGCUUCGACCCCUGGCGCAUCGCAGAGAGCCUGGCGGAGUCCCUGGCGGAGGAGUCCGUGGCGGAGGUGGCGGUGGAGGUGGGCGGCCUGUGCGAGGACUGGGCCGAGGCCGUCUUCGUCUCCGAGUUCCUGCAGACGCCCACCACCGAACCCUGAGAGACCCCUGCCCAUCCAACCAUCCACCCCUGUCAAUCAUCAAUGCAAUAAAGGGUUUUGUACUUUUCGAAAA